UUCUUCAAUCUUUUAACACAGUUUCUCACGCGAGAUUCGGAGAAAAAUGGCUGGCGCUUUUGCUGGGUCACUCGGAAUUGCCCUUCCAGGCUCCACCAAGCUCUCCCACACACCAACUUCACGAUGCUCCCGAUUUCCUCGCGUCAAAAUGGCCGUCACGCUUGACGAGAAGAAGAACUUCACUCUCAAGAAAUCUGAAGAGGCUUUCAAUGCCGCCAAGGAGCUAAUGCCUGGUGGUGUGAACUCCCCUGUUCGUGCCUUCAAAUCUGUUGGUGGGCAACCAAUAAUUAUCGAUUCUGUAAAGGGCUCCCACAUGUGGGAUAUUGAUGGUAAUGAAUACGUUGAUUAUGUGGGAUCUUGGGGACCCGCGAUUAUUGGUCAUGCAGACGAUGAGGUACUUGCAGCCCUAGCUGAAACAAUGAAGAAAGGAACCAGCUUUGGCGCUCCGUGCCUUUUGGAAAAUGUUUUAGCUGAGAUGGUGAUAUCUGCUGUUCCAAGCAUAGAAAUGGUUCGGUUUGUUAACUCCGGUACAGAAGCAUGUAUGGGUGUGCUUCGUCUCGCCCGUGCUUUUACUGGCAAGGAGAAACUCAUCAAAUUUGAGGGAUGCUACCAUGGCCAUGCCGAUCCAUUCCUUGUCAAGGCUGGUAGUGGAGUGGCGACUUUGGGCCUUCCCGACUCUCCCGGUGUUCCCAAAGCAGCUACCUCUGAAACUCUUACUGCCCCCUUCAAUGACAUCUCAGCUGUUGAAUCUCUAUUUAAUGCCAACAAAGGAGAGAUUGCUGCAAUUAUUCUUGAGCCUGUUGUUGGAAAUGCUGGCUUCAUUCCUCCAAAACCUGAUUUCCUUAACGCCAUACGCAAACUUACCAAGGAAAAUGAUGCUCUCCUCAUCUUUGACGAGGUUAUGACUGGAUUUCGUCUUUCUUAUGGUGGAGCUCAGGAGUAUUUUGGAAUAACACCUGACUUAACAACACUUGGAAAGAUCAUUGGUGGUGGUCUGCCCGUCGGUGCAUAUGGGGGACGAAGAGAGAUAAUGGAAAUGGUGGCACCAGCAGGACCAAUGUACCAGGCAGGUACCUUGAGCGGUAACCCAUUGGCAAUGACUGCAGGGAUACACACGCUAAAGCGAUUGAAAGAACCGGGAACAUACGAAUAUCUGGACAAGAUCACAAGUGAACUUGUUGACGGUUUGGUGGCUGCUGGAAAGAAGGCUGGGCAUGCAAUUUGUGGAGGCUACAUAAAUGGGAUGUUUGGGUUUUUCUUCACUGAUGGACCUGUUCACAACUUUGAAGAUGCUAAAAAGAGUGACACUGCCAAAUUUGGCAGGUUUUACAGAGCAAUGUUGGAGGAAGGUGUAUACUUUGCCCCUUCACAGUUUGAGGCAGGGUUUACCAGCUUGGCACAUACUUCUGAAGAUAUUCAACAAACCAUAGCAGCAGCUGAGAAGGUUUUCAGGCAAAUAUAGCUCCAAUAUCUAUCUGUAUUGCUUUUUCGAAUCCCGUCUUCCUUACGAAAAGUUUUCCUGUAACAUUAUGGCCUAUUCUGUAACUGAGAGUUUAGUGAGAACUUCCUCUAGGAGAUCUGUAUGUGAGUAAGUUGGUGGUUGUUUCUAGUGUAAGGUUUUUUCUCUUUAAGUUUGGCAGUAAUCUCUGUGUGAUACUUAUUUUCUA